AUGUUUAUAUUUCAAUCCAUAUUCCUUACUUCAAUUUUAUUAAUGAUAAAUGCUCAAUGGUAUAUUAAAAAAAAUCAUCAAUCAAAAUUUAUGAAUUAUCCAAAUCCAGGUAAAAGAAGUUUACCUGAUGAACAAUCAAUUUUUAUUAAAACUGAUUGUCAAAUACCAUAUUCUCAACUACAUUCAUAUCAACAAACAGCUGCAUGGAUUUUAAUGUGUGGUUCUAAGAAAUCAGCAUUAAAAAAUAAUAAAUAUUCAAAUAGCUUGGAAUUUGAAUUAUCUUCUACACCAAAAUUGAUUCUAUAUGAAAAAAAAUCUCCUAAUAUUGUAAUACCAUAUUAUCAAGAUUAUGACAAUUCAUUCAAUAAGUAUUUAAUGAAAGUUGUACGACGUGCUAAUACAAACAAAUAG